GAAAAACAAAACAAAACUAUUGAAUAAUCUGAAUAUGAACACAACAUUACAAUCAUCAUCAUCAUCAUCAUCGAUUAUGUCAUCGGUAACAUAUCGUAACUAUAAAGAUAAACGAAAAAAAUUUAUAAAUCCUAAUAAAAAAAUGAUUACCAAUUGUUUGAAUAUUGAUGUAAGUUAUCCUAAUCAUAAAAAUCGCCAUAAUGAUCAUAAUAAUAAUAAUAAAAAGAAUGAUGAUGGCCAUUAUAUGGCCAAAUUGUUGUCAUCACAGCAACAACAUGAAAAUCAUUCCAAAAUUAUAUUGACAAAUCAUCAGGAUCAAAAAGAAUCCUUAAUGUUUAGGAUUCAAAAUAAUAAUGUUAUUGAUAAAAACAAAAUGUUAAAACAUUUUAUUCGACAAAAAUUUAAUAAUAAUAGUGAUGAUUUGAAUGUCAAAGCUGGAUUUUUGUCAAAUUAUCAUCAUCAUCAUCAUCAUCAAUAUCACCAAAAACGGCCAUCAUUUAUUACAUCAUUAAUAUCACCAUCAUCAUCAUCAUCAUCAUCAAACCAACCAUCAUCCAUAUUGAUUCUAAUCAUAAUGACAAUCAUGAUAUCUUUGUUUAGUCAUAAUUUUGUUGUUGUUUUUGGACAGCAACGAAUCUCAAAUCAUCAUCAUCCUUAUCAUCAAAAUGUCAGAAUUUUACAAACAAAAACAAAUAAUUUACAACAAAAUCAACAGAAAAAUAUGAUUAAAGAUUUUCAUAUGAAAAAAAUUUCCAAUAUUAGAUCAAUACGGCCAUUAGCUACGUUUAUUGUUAAGCCAAAAAAUCUAUUGCCAUCAAUCGUACAAAAUAAUAGUGAUACAUUAGCUGUUUGGAAUGAUAAAUCACCAACAAUGAACAUAACAACAACCUAUCAACUUGUAAAAAAGAAUAAAAAGAAAACAAAAAUGUCACCAAAUCUUAAACAAUUCAGUGAUUUAAACGUUGAUCUAAUGUUUGAGGAUAGUUUCGAUGUGAAUACAACACAUUAUAAUGAAACAUAUGGUGAUGAUUAUGAUAUGGGUGAAAAUUUAGGAACUGUUAUUAUGCCAUUAGAUUCUAGCGAAUCAAAUGAUGGUCCAACAUCGAUCAUUUUACCGCCACCAAAUUCAUAUCAAACCAAUAAUAACAGAUUUUUUAAUCAACAAUCAAACAAUGAUAAUCAACCAGAACAUUCAACAAUUGCCAAAUCGAAUGAAGUAAAUCCUCGUUUGAAAAUGUUAAUGAUGACUAAACUUGUCGAACCAAAAACAAAUAAAAUUAUUUAUACUAAUUAUUAUAAUGGAUCUAAUCUAUAUCAUCCAAAUCAAUAUCAUCAAUCGUCUGAUCUCGUAUCGAUAAAUACACCAUUCAAUUCCAAUACACAAACUUUUGUUGAUGAACAGAACCCAUAUCACACAUCGAAAUCCGGCGAUCAUGUUUUACGACCUUUUAUGAGACGAACAAAUACUGCACGAUCUGCUAACAAUCAUAAUGAUUUUAAUCAUCUUCGAUAUCCACAAAAAUCCGAUACUCAACAUCGCAAUAAAAAUGACAAUGAAUUGCACUGGUCAGUACCGGUGAUCGAAUUGAAACGUUUAACACGAACAGAAACAUCAACAAAACCAACAAAUCAAUCAGUUACACAACAAUCUACAUCUGGACGAAUGAUGACAUUGACUACUGCAUCGCCAUUGAUUACCAAUCAUCCAAUUGAUACUAAUCAACGUGAUCAACUGGAUUCUCAUCAACGUUUAAUGAUGUUUCAUAAACGAUUACCAUUGCUCAGUAAUGAUGAAGGAUUUAUAUUGACUAAACCAAAUGUUACUGAUGCUAAUAUGGUAGAAAUUAUUGAAAAUAAUUCGAUGAUCAAUAAACGAGAUGAUUCAUUCAAUAAUGACAAUAAUAUAUCAAAUAAUCGAAAUGAAUUUAAACGUCGUUUCGGGGAAAUAAUUGAAUCAUCUCGUGGUCGAAAUUUUAAUUCAUUUAAAAUGAAUAAUAAUAACAAUAUGAAUAAUCGUGGUUUAUCUGCAGAAGAUGUAUCGAUCAAUGAUCUUGAAAUGGAUGAUGAAUUUAAACCUUCACGUUUGAAAAAUAAUAACAAUAACAAUAAUAAUAUGAACAAUAAUAAUAAUAAUAAUAAUAAUGGCGGUAGUGGACAGAAUAAUUUUCAUCCAAAAAAUAUAAACAACAACAACAACAAUAAUCAUAAUAAUAAUCAUAAUCAGCCAUCAAUACAACAACAGCAACCACCACAAUCACAAAAUCAAGUAAUUUUCAAUCCAGGAAUAACGAAUCAAGGAUUUCCACCAACAUUACAUCAAAUGAUGCCAUUAUUUUUUGACAAAUUUAUGGCACAAUUAUCUAAUGGACCACCAUUACAUUCGAAUCAUAUUGAUAAUGAUAUUGGUGAUUUAGAUGCACCAUUGGAACGUCGAUUAAAUGGUGGUAAACCAUUAGUACCUGUUGUACAGCCCCCAUCUUCAAAGCCAAUUUUUGUCAAUGAAAUUUUACCAACUGGUAAUGAAUUUGAUGCCAAUUUUCCGACUAUUGCUUCAUGGCCAAAAAUAUUUCGUUUUACCGAUGGCCGUAUUAAUCUACAUGAUUUUGAACGUGAAAAAAAACGUUCAAGAAUAAAAUUUAGCCAUAAAAUGGGUAAAAGUCAUGCAUUGUUUAAUAUUAAACGGGAUUCAUUUCUCAUAUUACAUGGUGGAACAUUUAAUCAAUAAUUUUUUCAAUAAUUUUA